AUGGCCGAGCUCGACCCGGGCGCGCACGCCUCGGCCGCCUGCGGCGUCGGCCUCGGCCGCCUCGAGCCCAGCGCGGACGACAACGACGGCAUCGACAAGGCGGACGGCUGGGGCGACUUCCUCACGCAGAUCUCCGCCGAGUCCCUCGCGAGCGCGUCCACCGGCGUCACCAGCCGGCAGUGCACGGCGGAGGCCGACGUCCUCGCGCAGCAGGUGCUGGAGGAGGAGGCGCUGAGGGAGGCCGUCUCCGCAGCGUGCGUGGAGUGCUCCUUCUGCGUCACGGUGGCCGACCCCAGAUUGCCAGAUUUUCCGCUCAUCGCGGUCUCCCGGGGCUUCGAGGCCAUGACUGGUUUCCGCAGCGAAGAGAUCCUCGGCGUCAACUGCCGCUUUUUGAGCUGCGACUGCGGCCUGGACCUCGCGACCGUCGCGGGCCUGCGCCGGGCCUGCAGUACGGGGCAGCCCUUCACGGGGGUGAUCACCAAUCGGAAGAAGAGCGGCGAGCUCUUCCUGAACCUUCUGGAUCUGAGGGGCUUGACCGUGGGCCGCACGCACACUGGCGAGGACCUCUGGUACCUCGUCGGGAUCCAGGCCGACGUCAGUCACCUGCCCGAGGCCGAGCAGCCGCCGGCGCGCGCGGGCGCGCUGGCGCUGCUCCUCGCGGCGCUCGCGGCCGCCGCGCUGCCUGCCGAGGCUCCUGCGGCGGCCCGCCGGGGGGGCGGGCUGAGUUCGGCAAGCAUUACUUUAUGA